AUUUUUUGGAUAUUACUAAUGUUCCUAGAAGAUUGUGAUGGGAAUUACAGAUAUUAUAGUCCAUAUAUGUAUUCUUACAAUAACUAUAGUUCCAGUGGCGGAUUAAUUGGUGGAAUCAUGACAAGCAUUGGGUUUUCUAUCAUUAUACUUUUUACCAUCAUAUGCUGCUGCUGUAAAGGAAGUAAAGCAAAUACUAACACUCGUAGUGUGAUGUACUUGCAUUCAGGAAACCAACAGAGGAUAGUAACAUCAAAUAGAAAUGUCGGAAUUCACUACCCAGCACAUCCCGAUACAGCAAAUUCUGCUGCCGGAGUUUAUUCCCCUGCACAACUUUCUUCAUACUAUGGACAAUAUAACACUGCUUUUCAAUAUGGAAUUGAACUGCCAGAUCAGAAAUUUGAUACUGCUCCUCUUCCACCAUCAUAUGAAUCAGUGGUUGAUCAAAAUAGAGUGAUGCCCCCUCCUUAUCCAACGCAGGAAGAAAAUGCGUCAAACAUGACAGAUCCCCCACCAUAUAAAGCAUAACGUGAAUUUUAAAUUUUUCAUUAGUUAUCCCUGUCUGAGACAUACUUAUACUAUUAUUUAUGCAUUAAUUACAUUGUACAUGUAUUUGGUUUUGUACGUAUUAUGAUAUUUUUCUAUUUGAAUCCAUUCAGUAUGUAUACAUUUUUUAUUUAUCUUUGAUUAGGAACAU